AUGUUAUCUACGCACUGCCAUGAGAACCUUCUAUCCCUAAUUGGUUACUGCAAUGAAGGUCAUGAGAUGGUAUUAGUUUAUGAUUAUAUGCUUCGAGGAUCCCUUACUGGUCAUCUCUUCAAAAUGGACAGAAUUAGCUCAUCUCUCACUUGGGAACGGAGGAUCGAGAUUGCUAUAGGUGCUACACGUGGACUGGAUUUUCUUCAUACAUCUCGAAAUAGGGUGAUACAUCGUGAUAUCAAAAGCUCAAACAUUAUGUUAGAUGAAAACUGGGCAAGUAAGAAUUCAGAUUUUGGGUUGUCCAACAUGGGGCCUGGAAAUGAAUCAACUACUCAUGUUAUAUGUACACAAGUCAAAGGCACAUUUGGGUACCUCGAUCCUGAGUACUUCCUGACUAAUAAAUUGACAUGGAAAACUGAUGUGUAUGCUUUUGGAGUAGUACUAUUUGAAUUGCUCUUAGGAAGGCGGGUAGUCGAUAUGAGACUGCCUGAGGAACAACAUGGACUUGUAUUUAUAGGAAUUUCUGCUAAAUGCUUCUAUGGUCGUCCACAAGAACGGCUUGCAAUAUAUAAAGUAGUGAAAAGCCUGGAAUUAGCAUUAGGAUCUCAGAAGAAUGAAGGUGAAGGGAACAAGAUCAAGGUGUCUGAGUUGCAGGUGAAACAUGAGCAAAUGAAGCAUGAAUUGGAAGAAAUGAAAGUAACACUUGCAAACAGAGAUGUAGAAAUUGCUCGCCUAAAUGCUCAGCUUCUGAAGGCGAAGUCAUAG